CCCAUCGGCCGUGUACUGUAUCGUCUGUAUCCACUCAACACUUCUCAGUUGUGUUUCUGCCUUCUGGCUCUUUCUUCUUCUUUGCUUUUCUCUUCAAAUUUACCAUUUGAACAAAACUAAAGAACAUUGCUCAAGCACUUUUUUUCAAUUUUUAUUUUAUUUAAUAAUAAAAAAAAAUCUUUCUGCGAUUUUACGCGUGUUAAGUCAUAGGCUUUAGCCCUAAGGCUUUUUCUACCAGUAAAACACAUUUUAUUUUCCCGACUUUUAUACAACAUAUCAACAGAACAUCAUGACAUUCCCUACUGCUGUGAAAAAAUCUGGACCUCUUACAAUCUCCAAAACUGGAUCAGGAUCAAAAACUUUAGCACCAGGAUCUCCUAAAUCACCUGGUUCUCCUCAGAUAUUACCUGGAUCUUCUAAAGCACCGUUGGCUAGUAAAGCUCCUGAAAAGAUCAAUGCUGGGUCUUCUGUGAAAAAACCAUCUGUUCCUUUGAAAAGUUCAACUAUUAAGAAUGUUACUAAACCUGUUGUUAAUGCUAAAUUAGAAGCUGAAAAAACUUUACCUUCUGCUGCCAAAGGAGUGAUAAAAUCAGUGACUAAACCUCCUCCACUUAAUAUCAAAGUAACAGAUGCUAAAGGAUUGCCAUCACCUAAAACUCCAACAAAAUCAUCAAUAAAAUCUCAAGUGUUGACUAAAUCUCCUUUGACAACUAAGCCUGCAUUAGUUUCUAAAUCAACUUCAGUUUCAACUGGAAUUGUUAGAUCACCAUCGAUUACUAAAUCAUCUCAAGUAUCUGUUACAUCACCAAUGACUAAAUCUUCUCAAGUGACCACUGGAGUUAAGUCUUCAACUACAUCUCCUCUCCCAGGUAAAUCAACUUUAACACCAAAAUCAGUUGCUGUGUCUUCUCCAGUAACAAAAUCUCCUCCGGUAGUAUCUAAAACUUCAUUAACAAAUUCUACAGUUCCAAAAUCACCAACAGGGAUCACUAAUCCUUCAACGCUUACUCUUAAGUCUGUAGCAUCUACAAAAAAUAAAGAGAACUUAACAUCAUUAAAAUCAAAAGAUCAAGCUACUGUUGCAAAACCUACCACUCCAGUUAAAAAAGCAGCUAUACUACCUGUGAAGGGUUCUGUAGGUGUUAAAAGUCCAACUAUACCAACAAACAAACCACCAGUAAUAUCAAAAAGCUUAUCUACAGCUUCUAGUCUAAAAUCAAGUUCUUUGAAGACACCUACUUCUCCAUUAAAAUUAUUAACCAAAGAACCACCUAGCACUGCGAAGAUAUCUGCUUUAAAGUCAACUAACAAAUCCAGUGUGGUUUCUAAAUCUAAUCCAACAUCUUCAAAAGCAAUUGUUAAUAAAGAAUCUAGUUCUUUAUCAUUAAUAUCUGUAAAGUCCUCUUCGACAAUUAAGUCAACUACUUCAGCAGUAUCCAAAACUUCAACUUUGAAAGCUAAUGUUACUCCAUUGUCAUCAUCAUCUGUUACUAAGAAUUUGGUUCCUAAGUCACCAGUAGCAAAAACUAAGCCAUUAACAGCUGUAAAAAUUCCAUCGUCACCUACAGUAAAAACUCCGGUAUCAUCAAUUGUAAAAACUCCAUCGUCGCCAAUUGUUAAAACAUCAUUGUCGAUAGCUGCAAAAAUUAAAACUCCAUCGCCAUCAGUGAAAGCUAGAACUUCUUCCCUAUCCUUGGUGAAACCACCUUUGUCUCCUGCAGUAAAAAAAAUGGUACCAACCAAAUUGAUAUUAAGCCCUGGACCAUCUAAAAGCAAGUCUCUUUCAUCUUCUAGACUCAAUUCAGUUUCCACUGAAAGUUUGGCUUCAAGGACAUCUUUGAAAUCUCCCAUGACUCCUAGAUCCACCAAAGUGGUUACAAAAAGUCCUUCAAAAAUAAUUAAGAAAACUGAGGAACCAAAAGCCAAAGGUAUUCGUGGUGGACAACCAAUUAAGAAGACCAUAGAAAUUCCAGGAAUAACUGAAUUACCUUCUAAUCUAGUUUCAAACCAACAAGAAACUCUUCAGUUUGAUUUUGUAUUAGAAAAUGUUGAAAGUGUUUUGAAAGAAGAAAAUGAUUCUACAAUCCCUCAAACACCAGAUCAGGAUACAACAUUAGACCUUGAGAAAUUAGAAACUGACAAAAUUGUUGAAAAUAUUAAUGAUGACCAAGAAAUACCUAACGAUUUUGUCAAUGAAGAAAGUGCACUUUCAAAUAUAACAAAUGCUCAAAAUGUUAGUUUAUCACCAGAGAUUAAUGAACAUAAUUUAGAAACUAUUGAAGAAGACUCAAUAGAACCUUCAAUACCAUCGCUUAAUGAACAGAAACAAGAAGACAUUUGUAUUUUAUCAGACUUUGAAGUUGUGAAAAAGGAUGAAUGUGUACCGAGUUUAAAUAGUAUUUCUCAAUCUGUUAAUAAUUGUAGUAUUGCUUUUGAUGAUAAUUAUUUCAAUACCAAAAAUGAAAAUGUUUUUAUAAAACAGUUGGACGAAACACAAUCGUGCAUUAUAGACAUAGAUGAUCACUUUGAACCUAUGAAUGACAAAUUAGUUUUAGGAGACGUGCCAUUUGAAACCGAUUCUAGUCAAGAAGAUAUUUCUGAUAAUGAACAAACUGUUCUAAAAGAAGUAGUCGAAAUUGAAAACUGUGAUGCAGAGCGAAAUGACUGUGUUGAUGAUGUAUUUAUAUUCACAGACGAUUUAUUAAUUAAUAAUUAUGAUAGUGUUGAUAGUACUGAAAGUUUCAUUCAUCAAUUUAUGCCAAAGUCAAUCAAACGCUCUGAAGGUUCAUCAUCGAUUAGUACAGAUGAUGGAAGUCUUCUAAGUCGUAAAUCUUAUUCAGAAGCUGUUUCAGGAUCACCUAAAGAUGGAGAAUAUUAUUUUGAUUAUGAUUUUGAAAUUGUUGAUGAUUGUUUGGACUAUGAUGACGAGGGACGAUCAGUAUUUGUUGAAGUGACAGAAAAAGAAUUUCCAGAACUAAAACCAAAAGAUUUAUCUGGUAAAAGAAGAAGAAACAAAAAACAAAAGAAAAGGAAUUAUAGUAACAGAACAGAAUCUCAAUCUGAUUCAAACACUGAAAUUAAUUACAACCCAGAAGAUUUUGAUGGAAAUGAAUUUUGUCGUUAUAUCAAAAUGAUGAAAGAUUGUUCGUUUUAUCCAAACGGAUUAUUUUCAUCAGAUUCAGUCAAAUUAUCUACUUCAUCAUCCCUAUCAUGGUUAGAUAUAUCUAUCCGUACAACUGAUGAUGACUUAGCGCCUUCUACAGAAAACUUAAGUACCUAUGAAGUUUUCCAAGCAAGUAAUUUGAAUAAAGAAUUCUUAACGUCAAUAAUUGGUUCCAAUGAAUCAACUCCCACAAAUGAAACUACCUGGUUUUGGAAAUCUAUUGAGGGUAAACAUCAACCCCACAAUAAAGCCAAUAUAACGCUUAGUCUUCAACCAAGACCUAAACAUUUAACUACACCUCGUUUCAUGAUUCUUUUGGCACUCAUCAGUGAGGCUAAAGGUUAUGAAAUUAAACCAUCAUUGUCUGAAAACUUUGUCACAAAAGAUUGUAUGUCCAGAUUUGAUGAAAAAAUUGGACGGCUGAUGGUUCAAGGAUUUUGGCUUAUAGGCCGUUUAAUAAAAGAAAGUUUGUCCGAGGACGAAGAAGUGAAUUGUGAAAAUCCAUUUGAGUUUGUAGAUGGUGACAUUGGUUUAUGGUGGGCAGGAAUUAAUAUGUUGGAUUGGCAAGAACACUUAAAAGAAUGCGGUACUCAAAAUAAAGACUUGCCAAACUGCUACCAGUUUGUUGUUGAAAACAUGGGUAUGAGUGGUAUGACUAGACGCAAUACAGCUGAAGCCCAAUUAGUCAUGAAUGCUAUACCCGAUGAUUUUAUGAGCGAACUUGACAUGGAAAAUUUCAUUCACACUGUGCGUAAUGUCAAGUAUUAUAGUGGCAAUUGUUUUGUGGACAGUCAAGAGAAUUUAGAAGUACAAAAUGAAGUCUUUGAAGAGGAUGAUGAAGAUCUUAUAGAAUGGGAAAAAAACUCUGUUGAAAAAAUUUAAAUAGGUACUUGGUAUUUUUAUCUAUUGUUAAGAUUUAAAAUAUUUAUAUAAAUUCAGUAUUAAAUUUAAAAUAUUUAGCAAGAUAAAUAACAAUAUAAAUAUAAUGACUAGAAAUAUUAAAUUUUUAUGUUUUAACAUAAAUUCAAUAAUUUAACAUA